UUUAUGUCGGUAUCAAUUUUUUUAAUUUCGCUACUUUGAUAGAUACACAUAUUACGUCGCUAUCAUGUCAGGUACAAAGGAAGUAACAGAGCUGCAAGCGUUUAAAACAGUCUUUUAUCACAGUGUGGUGAUACUCGCGCUACCUGUGAUCGCUUUUUUUACAAGCAAAAUUUUUGUCUUUGAUGGUAUAUUAGGUCUCAGCAUAGUAUCAAGUAAUGUGUAUUCGGCUGGCGUUGCUGUAAUAGUGUUACAUAUUGCCUUAGGAGUUUUUAUAUACAGAGCAUACUUUGAUGAUCGAUCAAGAACACCAGCGAUUAAGAGAGAUUAGUUUUUUAUUAUUAAGUACACCUUGGUGAUCAUACACUUAUGACAUAAUCACAGUCAACACAUUUGUCUUGGAUAAUAUUAAGUGACAUUGUAAAGUAAAACCUUUAUAUGUUGUCACAACAGUCAACGAUUCUUUUUUCUUUAGUUUUACUUUAGUCAGUAAUCGGUUGAAAGCCAUUUGCAAUUUGUCAAAAUUAACAAUUAAUACUGUGUGCAAUGUAAUUUAUAUAGAAAUGAAUUUUCAAUUCACAAAGCAACUUACAUUCCACAACUUCAAACGUUACAUAUAUGCAUUACAUAUUUCCAGUAUAUUGUUCAAUGUCCAUACAAACAUUAAAAUAUUACAAAUUUUCAUGUACAAAUAAAUGUACGGUGAAUUAGUAUGAAUUUAUGGUGUAUAAAAUUUUUUUCUUGGUAAAACACUUUUCUUGAUGAAACACAGAUUAUUUUUAUCUGUACAAUUUUGUCUUUUAUAAAACGCAAGUAACAAUGGCAACAUAAAGUUUUAGUGAUUUUUAUUCGUUUAUUGAAGAUAGACGCCCAUAUUCCCUUCUUUAUAUGUAAAGAUUUUAAAAUUUAUGCCGGUUGCAUACUUUAUUUUAAAUUUUAUUCAAGGAUGUGUUCCAAAACUCGACUCUAUCAAUUCAGAGUAUCUUUUAUCGUUAUUCAAUAUUCGGUGAACAACAAAAGGAUAAAAUGGUAAGUUAACCGAGUUUUGGAACGCACUCUAUACUUAUAAAAAGAAAAAUUUUUCGAAUCUUUCAACCUACCACAAGUAGACUAAACAAACAUAAGAUUAUUAAUAUAGACCGAAUAAUGAUCAAUUGAUAAAAUUCA